GUUUAUAUGCUUAAUAAAAUGAUUCGAAAUCUCCAGCAGCUUCCAUUGUUUAAGCAUACCAAGUUCUAUCAUAUCCAAAUCUCUUAACACUGGUCCUUUAUAUAAACUCGUUCCCUGCCAUCUCUUUCAACAAGUUAGCAAACUCAUUCUAACAGGAUCAAACAGUUCAUUCUCAAUCCAUCAAUCAAUCAAAUCAGAAUAGGAUGAAGCCGGUGGUUGUUCACAAGGACCCGGAGAAGAAAGACAGAGUAGAAAUCAGAGCAGAAUGCAGGGCUCCUGAUGAGAAGAAGCACCUUGAGAGAGUCCAGGUGAAGACCCACGACGUGGAGACCAUCAAGCACAUCGAGAAGAAGCUGAUUGACAAGGGAAUUCAGAGAUUGGAUCGCCAACCUGCUGAUGGGCUUCCUUUGAAGCACGACCCGAAGAAAGGACAUGGAGGGAAGUAUUCCUGGGAAGGUCCGGAUCCUGAAUUCCUUAACGAGCUUAAUCCUGCGCCACCAGCCAUUGAUGAGAAGGAUCCGAAUUAUGUGGAUGAUGAUGAUGAUGAUCGUAAAAGACAUGAUGAUGAUGAAGACGAUGUUUCUAAAGAAAGAGUGGUAGGAGAAAUUGAGACUCCUAAAGUAGCAGAAGAAGGCGUGGUCAGGAUUGAAGUUGAUCCUCAUUUGAAGGCUAACUAACUGAAAAAAAAAGAAAAGAAAAAAGGCAUGGAGAUGAGGACGCUUAUUGUUCUUGUGUUACAGCAAAGAUCGAAUGUGUGUGUAUUGGGCUUGUAGUUGUUCUGUUUUGAAAAAGAAAGAAGCAUACAUUGCCCUGUAAAAAUUGCAG